CUGGAAAAACAAUAUGACGCUGCUGAUUUUAGAAUCCUGACGCUCUUAGGAAAAAAAACAAAACAAACAAACAAACAAAAAAAAAAUCGCACAAUUUUUGACGCUGUGACGUCAAGACGCUGGACGCCAAGGGACGAAGUGGAUUUACACCAUGAAUCUGCGGACACCCGCUUCGGCUCUGGAUAGAUCAGCCAGUAAGAGACAGCCUCACCUGCCCAGUCCUCUCGCUGCCUGGUUGAGCAGCUUGUCAAUGGGGGAUUCGAUUCCCGACCGCAGGAAUUCAGCCAACCACCAGAAGGAGUCCUGGCUAGACUGCUCGACUGAGAACACAGGCCUGGUUCACAGGUGUGUGAUCGUUCAGAAGGACCAGCAAGGCUUCGGCUUCACCGUGUGCGGAGAUCGGAUCGUACUAGUGCAGCAUGUCCGGCCUGGGGGCGCUGCGAUGAAAGCAGGCUUGCACGAGGGGGACAGAAUCAUCAAGGUCAAUGGCUCCCUGGUGUCUUCGCUGACUCAUCAGGAAGUGGUUCGUCUCAUUAAAUCUGGUCAUUACGUGGCCCUGACCCUGCAAGGCCCGCCCCACUCCACUGCUUCCCUGCCUCUACUGACAGACGCCUCGUCCAAUCUGAGGUCAGGACCGGGGGGUCUGGCCCCGCCCCCUCCUCCGCCCCCGCUCCCCCCGAAUUCCGCUGGCCUUUCUGCCUCAGACCGGAUCACCGGCCCCAGACCACUACAGGACUCUGAAGUUCAGAAGCACGGCAGUCAGAUUCUCAGGAAGAUGCUGAAGCAGGAAGAGGCGGAGUUACAGGAGCUGUUGGAGGAGCGCUCUCGGAACCCCUCCCCCUCUCUCGAGGAGCGAAUCGAAAGUGCUCGGAGGCGGGCCAAGCAAGUCCGUGUCAAGAUACAGCAGGAUGUGGAGAACAGCAGGUCCAGAUCUGAGUCAAGUGCUGGGUAUCUAAGAGCCGGGGAAGCUCGAUUGUCUAUGGACUCUCAAGAUGCCGAUUCAGAGCUCUUCCUUAGCGAAAGCCCCCGGUCCUCCCCGCUGCUCCCAGUCCGGACGUCCCAUCACAGAAGACACGGAUCAGAUGCCGCCUUCACCUCAGAACAGGUUUCCAGACCUCAGAUCAUCGGACCAGAGGAGGAGGAGGACGAUGAAGAGUCCUACCUCCAGAACGAGAUGGACGGCCCGUUCCAAGACAUCGACAGGUUGAAAUCUCGCCCAGCUCACAUGGCGGUCUUCAUGAGAUACAUCUUCGGCCAGCUGCUGGAUCCAAACCCUCUGUUGUUCUAUCUGUCAGUGGAAGCCUAUCUCUGCUCCAGUCAGAAGGACGCUCGCUCACUGGCAUUGCAGAUCUCUGCUCAUUUUCUAGAGAAGGACGCGCCACUAAAAAUCCGGGUUCCAGAAGACAUUAACACUGAAAUAGAGAGCAGAAUUCAGAGCCAGGAAGAUAUUCGCGGUCCACUGUCGGACCUUCAGCACUUAGUUCUGCCGGAAAUCCAGGAUCAGAUUCAGGACUACAGGAGCAAACAGAUGAUGGGUUUGGGCAGCCUGUUUGGAGAAGGGGAUCUUCAGCAGCUUGAUGGAGACCCAAGCAGAGAGAAACAGAUUGUGGAUAAGCAGGCCACUGCACUGUGGGAGAUCCUGUCGAAACACGAGGAGGAUAGAAGCUCUCCCAUGGCAGCGGCUGUGCUGCUGUAUUUGAGGCACGCAGGGAUCAAGCUGCGAGACUCCAGGGUCUUCAACCUGCUGGAGAAGCCGCAGGAGAGAGAGAAGUGGCUGCCGUUCUUCCCAAAAACCAAGAAGCCCAGCUCUGCAAAGAAGGACAAGGAGAAAGAGAGGGACAGCGGGGAAGACAAGAAACGUAACCCCAUCCUGAAAUACAUCGCCAAGCCUAAGGGAGGCUCCUCGCAGUCCACAUUUCAUGUUCCUUUGUCGCUGGUGGAAGAAGUUCAUGCUUCUUCAUCCUCCACAGAAGUUCUUCCUGGGAGUGUCCGAAAUAUGAUUCUGCAAUUUGAGAACAACCACGAGUAUGACUCGCCCGACCCGAACACCCAGCGCCUGUCCACUGGGAGCCUGACUGAACCCUUACUGGACAGUGACAGGGCUGCUGGCUCUGUGAAGCUGGCGCGCUCUGAGUCGUUGAAGACCCAGGGGGAGCUCAGGAAGCCCCGCGUGGAGGCGGUGCCUCGGUCCCGCAGCGACGUCGACAUGGAGGGCGCCGCAGAGGAGAGGGAGCGGGAGGGGGAGGGGCCCCGGCUGCACCAAUCAGCUUCCUCCUCUGCCUCCAGCCUCUCGGCCAGGUCUGUGGAAAACCAGACCCCACCUUACACCCCGAAAUUGAGACGCAGAAGUAUGGACUCCCCGAAUUCAAUGUACCCCGAAAAUCUGCUCCCCAAUCAGUCGGAGGACGACCCCGAGUCUCAGAACUGGCAAGAGACGGUGGGGCGGGACGUCCUGUCAACGCUCGAGCCCAGAGAGAUUGACAGGCAGGCCGUCAUAUAUGAACUGUUCACGACCGAGUUGUCACACCUUCGGACGCUGCGGGUUUUAGACCAAGUCUUUUAUCAGAAGAUGAAAACAGUUUUAAACUCGGAGGAGCUGAAUUGCAUAUUCCCCAAUUUGCCUGCAGUCAUUGAUCUUCACGCUUCGCUUUGUGAUUCCAUGAAGAGACUCCGGGAUUCGUCGUUUGUAAACGCCAUUGGUGACAUCAUGCUUGCACGGUUUGAAGGCUUGGCCGGGGAGGGUUUCCAGGAGGUCGUGUCUCAGUUCUGCAGCCACCAAGCCCAGGCCCUGGAGCUGAUCAAGAACAAGCAGAGGAAAGAACCGCGAUUCCAGCAACUAAUACAGGAGUGUGAAGCUAACCCCCAGUGCAGGAGGUUGCAGUUAAAGGAUCUGCUGGUCUCUGAAAUGCAGAGGCUGACGAAGUACCCAUUGCUGCUGGGCAAUAUCAUCAAGUACACUGACAGUUUGAACCCAGACCUGCCUCUGCUGAAGUGUGCCCAGCAUUGCUGCCGCGGGAUCCUGAAGCUGGUCAACCAGGCCGUCAAAGAGACGGAGAACAGGCACCGGCUGGACCAAUACCAGCGCAAGCUGGACCUCACCCCUCUGGAGAGGACAACCAAUCCCGUCGCAGCACAGUUCAAGAACCUCGACCUGACCACAAAACGAAUGAUCCACGAAGGACCCUUGACGUGGAGGGUGAGCAAGGACAAAACCAUCGAGCUGCAAGCGCUCCUGUUGGAAGAUCUGCUGGUCCUGCUGCAGCGAGUCGAUGACAGGCUGGUCCUGCGAUGCCCCACCAAGACACUGGGAGGAGGAUCGGACCUCAAAAUGUUCUUCAGUCCCAUCGUCCGACUGGAUUCGGUGCUCGUCCGAUGGUGGACGGACAAGAAGGCUUUGUUUAUAAUCAGCACGUCAGAAAGGCAGAUCUAUGAACUGGUGGCUGGAACUUCAUCAGAGAAAAACACUUGGAAGGACUUGUUGGAAGAAGCCGUCUCAUUGGCCACACAGUCACAAGCUCCAGCCAAUCACAGGCCAGCUGCUGUAAGCUCGUCCAGUUUGGAUCUGGAACCCGAGUCUUCGGGGACAGCUGGAAGCGCGGACUAUAACUCGGAACCCCUGGUCGAGCCUUCUGUUUCCAUGGAAACCGAGACCCUGGAGGACACCGAUGUGGUGACCACGCCCACACCUCCAGUUGAUCAAUCGGAGGGCAGUAUCGAUGACGUCACGGAGCACGGUUCCGAAUCUGCGGCUCCCAGCUUCGCAGGAGGGAUUGCAGACGCUGCAUUGCAAGAUGUCGAGAAUCUUCGCAAGUUGAUUUUCAAGAACGUUCGCUGCGGACGGUGCGAUGGCUCUCUGGACACGGCCACGGAGAUUCCAGGAGAGACUCGCUCCUCCCCUCCAAUCCCGACCCGGGGGCGUGAUCAAGAAGCCAGAAACCACGCCCCCAAUCCCAGAGGGAAACAAUCAGCACCUCGGGGAACAGAAGCCCCUCCCCUGAAGGACCCGAGCUUCAGGGUGGUACGGAAAGCUGAGGGGGCGGGCACUUCUACUUUCACUGAUGAUGUCACCCUAGACUCCAGCCAAUCUGGUGGCUGUUCACAGACAGACGAGCUGAAGGGGGGAGGAGUCGGUCGAGACGGAAACACGUUUUAUCUGGCGGUGACGACAGGACCUGUGGAGUCCAGCACAGAUGAGCCCUCUGCAUGCAACGUGCCCGCAGGGAGGGACGACGCCCAGGUGGGACGGGGGGGAGGCGAGGACGCCCGGGAAGCAAGGCCGAGCCAAUGGGAGCACGGGACUGAGAGCCACGUGGUCCGAAACGUGGACGCCAUCUUUGUAACCAUUGAGAAUUUGACCGUCAAACUGCACAAGCUGCGGGAGAUCGAAGCCGCCCAUUACCAUCUGUUGAAGACGCUGGCCCGCGGUCCGGUCAGUCAGGGGGGCGCGAGUCCAGAUCAGACCUCUGCACAGCAUCCCACAGCAGCCGUCCGGACAAGAGCCUUUGAUCGGGGAGCAGGGGAUGGUAAAGAGGGCAACCCGACAGAUCUCGUUCAACCAGAAACUCGAUCGACAGGCUUUUGAAUCUGAUCUGCGCGAUUUUUCGGGAGCAGAUAGCGAAGGAAAAAAAAACAAACAACUUCUCGAAAGACAAAACUGUCUUUCUCUCUUUUUGGAAGUCCCCCCCCCCCCCCCCCCCCCCUUUCCCUCCUGCAUGGGCUGCCUUCGAGCAAACGCUGUUAAAACAAGCAAAUAAACAUUCUGGCUUUCGAGUGGUGGAACUGGAACGCCGUGGUGGGGAGCCAACGAGAGACACCCGGGCUCAGCCUCGUACCCUCAGCGCUGGAUCCAGGACGGUGUUGGUUUCAGCCUGGGG